GCUAAUGGCUAUUGUGGCUAGUUUCUUACAUGUCCCUACUUCCGUGUUACUUUCUUGUUGUUUGUUGUUGGGAUUGUUCAGGAGGAACUCUCCAGAACUGACUUUGACACUGAUAGAUUCACCUACUAUAGAUGCGAGUGACACAUACAUCGAAUAAUUUUUCCUUUUAGCAAAUUCACCGCCUUUUGGUAAGUGUUGAGUAGAGACCGACAGAGAUCCGCAGUAAAUAGGUCUUUGCUGCAAAUAAGCUUCUUCUCGUCGAUGGCAGACUCCAGAGAAAGAAAGAAAAUAGUCGAAGAUGAACCCCAGGGUGCAGUUGGGGGUGAAGAUGUCGUCGAUGACAGAAUUAUGGAGCGAACAGCGAUUGUUUUCAGAGGGUUUGUCAUCCGAAGGAUUAGUACAGAUGAUCCACAGAGACAUUUGUCUCCAGAAGACCUUGGCGGUGAAUCCAAUGAACUGGAGGACCGUCAAAUUAAAGAUGUAGUCAGCCAGCUGCUGAUAAUCGCUGACGACCUGAAUCGAAACGCUGAGCUACAACACCUAAUGAGCACAGUUCAGGCCAACUGUGCACAGGAUGUCUUCUUCUCGGUGGCCAGGGAAAUCCUUGUAGAUGGCAUCAACUGGGGACGUGUGGUUGCACUUUUUCACCUGGCUUACAAGCUUAUCUACUUGGCAUUGACACAGAACCACUUAGAAAUCAUUAAGAAGAUUAUAAGCUGGUUAUUACAGUUCAUCAGGGAACACGUCUCCGCUUGGAUCAGACAGCAAGGAGGAUGGGAGGCGGUCAUCAGAAGCGUGUCACACUGGCGUACUGUGUCGCUCGCGGCGGCAAUAGCUUUCAUUGCCGUAGUGGUUUACUGGAGGAAAACCCACUGACCUGAUUUCAGGAAUUGCCCUAGACAAAAUCAAAGUGCCUUUAUAAAUGUGGACUGUUGUAUGGGAAGAUGGGUUGAUAUGCAUUGAACUGUGCAAUAGAUUUGACUUUUGGGAAACGGUAAUCUAGUUAUCUAUGUGAUGAUGAAUUGAUCUGAAAAGGGAAGGUUGGUGUCUUUGGUACAGUACUCCACACUGAGCAAGUAUUUAUGAGUACCAAUGUGAAACCUUACUUUUUUCUAAAAGACAUUGUCUUUUUCUAGUCUACAAAGGGCUUUUUCUGUGUAUUUUAUUAAAUAUGAGAUGGUUUAUUGAAUCAUGUAUAUUUUUAGCUGGAGUUGGAAUAAAAUUAUGCCACUUUC